CUCGGACUUCCUCGGUGCAACCAGUCUGCUGUGAGGCUCUGAAGCUGGAACAAUGUCUACCUGUUGUCUGCUGACCGUGGCUGUCGUUGUAGGAGUCGCCUACAUUUUCCGUCAUAUUGUAGUGAAGGGAAAGAGAUGCACAAGCGAAGCAAAGCUGCAUGGGAAAACUGUGAUUGUGACUGGCAGCAACACAGGCAUUGGGAAGACCACAGCUAUAGAUCUGGCUAAGAGGGGAGCCAGAGUGAUUCUGGCCUGUCGCAGCAGGCAGAGAGGAGAGGCUGCUCUUGAGGAAGUCAAGAGGGAAAGCAAAAGCAAUCAAGUUGUGUUCAUGCAGCUGGAUUUAGGAAGUCUCAAGUCCGUUCGCAGCUUUGCUGAAACCUUUCUGAAGUCUGAACCCAGACUGGACAUCCUCAUCAACAAUGCAGGUAUUUACAUGCAGGGUCGAACAGAGGAUGGACUGGGGAUGAUGUUUGGGGUCAACCACAUUGGCCACUUCCUGCUAACCAACCUGCUGCUGGAGCGACUGAAGCAGUGUGGACCGAGCAGGGUGGUUAACGUGUCCUCAUUGGGACAUAACUUUGGAAAAAUAGAUUUUGACUCCUUGAACACCCACAAAGCUCUGGGGCUGGGGACCUCAUUUAGGGAAAUCUUCCAGACCUACUGUGAUAGCAAGCUGUGCAAUGUCCUCUACACCCAUGAGCUGGCCAAGAGACUCCAGGGAACCAAGGUGACCUGCUACUCCCUCCAUCCAGGAGCUAUCAACACUGAGCUGGCCAGGAACACUAGCUCAGUGUUGCAACUAUGCCUGAAACCCUUGACUAUGUAUUUCUUUAAGAACACGGUCCAGGGAUGCCAGACCACCCUGCACUGUGCCCUCCAGGAGGGACUCGAACCUCUCAGCGGACGCUACUUCUCCAACUGCACUGUGAGAGAUGUCUAUGACAAAGCCAAAGAUGAUGCUGCAGCAAAGAAGCUGUGGGAGCUCAGUGAGAGACUGUGUGGUCUUGCAUGAAAAAGCUUUCUAUUGAAUUCAUGACACUGAGUACUUUUUGUUUCAAUAAGAUAUGAAUUACAUGCAAUCAUAGUAAUUUUUGUAAUCAGUUUAAGCACACCCAUGUAUAGGAUUGUUGCUUAGAAUAGUAACAAUAAUAAAAAAAAUCAUUUGAUCAUCUGA